CUUCAAAAGAGCUUAAAAGAGAAUGGGAACAGCUACUUUCAUAGAUAUUCUUCUUGCUAUCCUCUUGCCUCCUCUUGGCGUCUUUCUCAGAUAUGGUUGCGGGGUUGAGUUUUGGAUAUGUUUGGUAUUGACGCUGCUUGGGUAUCUUCCUGGGAUCCUCUACGCUCUUUAUGUCCUCACCAAAUGAUCAUUUACCUCCAUCUAUCCUCUCUUCAUGUAUCCUCAUCUCCUUGAACAACAGGUUCGUCGUGUUUUCGUCUCUUAGUGUGACUGAUUCAUCGUUUCUUUCAUCAGAGUUUUAUCGUUGCUGUGUUUUGCAUUGUUAUUAUACAAUUUCUCUCAAUCCUUCUUUUGUGUGAAGUUCUUGUUUAUUCGAUUGUUUAAUUUGUGUUUACUAGGAAUUAUGUUGUCUUGGUGGGUCGCAUAAGACCACCAUGAAAUA